GCACUGACUGGCACUGAUAUGCGGCACUGAUUGGCAGCACUGAUAGGUGGCACUGACUGGCAUUGAUAGGCAGCUCAGAUGAGCACUGAUAUGUAGCAUUGAUGCGCACUGGUAGGCACUGAUAUGUGGCAUUGAUGAGGCACUGAUGGGCACUGGCAGGUGGCAUUGAUGAGCACUGACAGCUGGCAUUGAUGGGCACUGACAGGUGGCACUGCUGGGGCUACACUGAGCAUCAGGGCACACUGAUCAACAGUGCCCUGAUGAUCAGUGUACAUGUCCCCUCUGAUGAAUGCCGAUUACCGGCUCUCCUCUCCUCACGAGCUGUCAGUGACAGCUGCUGUGAUUGGACACAGCUG